CAAUUGUCAGCAGGAGGUGUGUCGUUCCCUGCAUUCAGAAUCAGACCCUAGCGUAUGGAAUCUGAAGAUCAGAUUGUUUUUCUCAUCUUGAGAAAGGUCCUGGGUUCACUCCCUGGUCUCUCCAGCCAAAGAGUUUUGGGUAGGGGGAGUAGAAAAUGCCGGAGGUGUUGGAGAGGUGCUACCAGUCGGAGUGAACAGUGCUGGAUUGGACGGAUCAGUGAAUGAUCUGACUCGGAGUAAGGCAGUUCCUGUUGUCAGCGAAGUGUGCUGAAGUUCACUUCUUUCAGAGACAAGCUGACUUGAAUUAGCUCAGAAACUAUCCUUGGAUGGCCAGUUCUCAGAUCCUGGGCUGAAAGUAGAAUUCCUCCCAUCUCUCUCUGCUUCUUGCACUUACCAGAAUUACUCUGCAAAUGUCACAAGAACAGGAAUAUGGCCCAAGAAACCAACCAUAGCCAAGUGCCUAUGCUUUGUUCCACCGGAUGUGGAUUUUAUGGGAACCCUCGCACAAACGGCAUGUGUUCGGUAUGCUAUAAAGAACAUCUUCAACGGCAGAACGGUAGUAAUGGUAGAAUUAGCCCAUCAGCAACUUCUGUUAGUAGCCUAACUGAGUCUUUACCAGUUCAAUGCACUGAAGGCAGCACCCAAGAAGCACCAUCAACACUAGACUCUACUACACCUGUCCCGCCUAUGCAGCCAAGCCCCGUGUCAAGCCCAUCAUCACUCUUAGCAGAAUCCGUAGCAACAUCUGAAGUGGAAAGCACAGACGUAAUGGACAAAACCGUACCUGAAAGAGAAGAUGUGCAAGAACCGACGUCAGUGGACCUUGCCGAGUCAAUUUCAAUAGACAGUACCGGAGAGGAAUUGUCGAUGGAUAACUCAGACUUACCUGACACUACCAGGGGCUCAGAAACAGAGUGUGAUUAUGACGCGAGCGUAGAAAAUAAUAUAGAUGACCCGGAUUUCCCAGAUGAGAACGCACGCGUGAGAACGAAGAGGCACAAUACAGAUCUAACCCUAAACACAGUAGCUUCAGCAUCAGAUAGCGCAGAGCCUCCCUCUGAAGAAAAAGACAAGUCACUUGACAAACCAAAACAGAAAAAAACUCGCUGCUUCAUGUGCCGGAAGAAGGUUGGUCUUACUGGGUUCGAGUGCCGGUGCGGGAACGUUUAUUGCGGCGUCCACCGUUACUCAGAUGUCCACAGUUGUUCUUACAAUUACAAAGCCGACGCUGCUGAGAAAAUCAGAAAAGAGAACCCUGUAGUUGUCGGCGAAAAGAUCCCGAAGAUUUGAACUGCUCUUCUGGCUGGAAUAUUAAAAAUUUUGACCAUCUGCAGAUGAAAUUGACUUGAGCUUUUUCCUCUUCCCCUCCCACCCCUCAACACCCUUUAGUCAUCAGGAAUGUAGGGACGUGUAUCACGAAUCAUGCAUGUCAUCUGAAAGUCUAGUUUGUUUUUCCCCCUUUUGAACAUGACUGAACACUUAUUAUUGCAGGAUUCCCCCCCCCCACUCCGCCUACAGUAAACUUAAACCUGUGUGCUAUUCACUCAAGUGGUCCUUGGGGUGAUUGGGUGAAUACCAUUGCUAUACAAGUAUUAUCCUUUAAGAUAACGUUUAAUUUUAGUUGAGUGCAGAGGAUUUUUGUAAUACAGACACAGAGAUAUAUCAGAAGUGGGCAGUGCCCCCCCCCCCCGGCAGUUCAAAAACAUGCAUGCAUUAACCUGAACUCUUCCUUUCUUUGUAUAUAGCUUUUCUUUUUUCUCUACGGCACGAUUUCCCUUUUUUUGAUAACGCCUCGUAAGGCACAACUAGCGAUCAGUAACUGAAUGUAUUUUAAUCAUUAAGGCUGCUUGGUUUUUGUUUUGUUUUUCAUUAACAAAGGUUUAUACAUACGUUAUCAUAAUAGCUUGUUUGCACCCACUACCUAUUUAUGUAGGAAUCAUUUGUAAUGAGUGUGUGUGUGCGUGCAUGUGUGCGUGUGCGUGCGUGCGUGUGCUGAGAUUCUAAAGUUUGCGUGGGGUUUUUUUUUCUUCCCCUUUUCAGAAAACUUCUGGAGUUUUUUUGUUUGUUUGUUUUUCCAUGUGCGUGUGUUGGGGGUUGUGUGCACUUCAUUGCCGACUGCAGGUUUCCUUGGGGUUUAUGUUAUCGGGUCUUUAUGUAUGCAACCAUGAAGAAUGAUGAAGUUUAACUGUAUUGUAUUUAUGUUCAUCCACAUCUUUAACUUCGAUUAAAUAAAAAUUUUAAAAACUGGGA